AAAAAAUUGGUGCAUGAAAAGAAGAUGGAGCAGGGAGAAUAGAUAAAGAGAAUGGAGAGGAGAUAGGAAGAGGAAAAGUUGUGCGGACACAUGCGUGCUAGCAACAGGGGUAAAACGGGAAUAAAAUUAAAAAAGGUCUUGUUUGGGAAAUAAAAAUAUAUAAGGUCCUAUUCUUGCACAACUACCAUAUUUUAGUCCUAUAUACGUCAAUUACUUUUAUUAUUAACUUUCCAACCUAUAUUACACUUACUUUGUGCCUUCUCCUGUUCAGAAAAUUCCUUCCCGUAUGCAUAGGCAUUUGUUUGAACGUCCGGAGUCCGGACACACGCUAGGCUUCUAUAUGGACCGACCUCUUGGGUCGUGAAAGUUGACGACUUUGCUUUCACUGAUGGGUUUGUUGAUAUCUUUAUAGAGAACAAUAUCCCAUCCGGCUCCCAAAUGCUCUUGAGGCAUACUAGUGAUUUCAGUUCCAGGUCCUCAUGUUCGAUCAAGAUGGUUUCUCUUUGAACUUGGCUGGAACACCCUCUGGGUCUAUCAUUGAUACAACUCCCCCAGAUCCAUUCUUUGUGUACGUCGAGUCGUGCUUGCCAGAUUGCUCAUAUAGACAAUUGUAUUGUCCCCCUCAUUUUUGUACAUGCCGCAACAGACUCCAAAGGUAUAUUGUGAAGGUUUCAUGCGCCAAGCCAGCGAGCGUCGGGGACGCCUGCAAGUAUGCCUUGGAAGAGAUGACGCAUACUUGGUGGGAGGGAGGGAGCCAAUGUUGCGCCAGAAUCGGAUGAACUUUAACCUCAUCAAACAGACCAUGCUAGCCAUCUUUAGAUAUGGACGGAAUAGGGUGAGGGUGAUUGUCCUUUCAUCCUGUGGUGUUGAGGAUCCACCCAGUAAAUGCCAUAAAUACGAGAUCAGUUGAUCUGCAUGCUGCAAUCCUCCCGCCCCUUAAUCAUCUCCAAAUAUGUUAACAAACUCUUGCUCCUUUUGCCUAACUGUUUUGUCAUCAUUGAACAACUAUUUUGCGUUUCGUUUCUUUUUUUGAACAAACUAAUGGUGUAACUUCGUAAUGAUACUAUCGGUUCCUCUUUUGGAAUUUAAAUGGGUUUUCACAAUUUUAUGUCUUGUUCCCUAUGUU